AUGAAACAGAAGUUGCCCCCGGAAAAAGCCAACUCCCCUCUACAAGAAGAAAGGGAGGAGAGCUGGAUCCUGGAGCCUGCCUUUCCCAAGCUUCACAAUUCCACUGCGUUCAGCCUCGGACGUGUAUUCUUUGUCCUCUGUGAUACCCCCACCUUAGUUCAGGGCUCCCCUCUGAUUUUGCAAGUUACCAGCCAGACGACAAGGUGGGAAAUAUUCCUCCUACUGUGCCUGCUCCAUGGUUCAUCCAUGACCCCUCCAACCAGAAAACCCCAUUUCAGAUGGCUGCAGGCUGGCUCACUCCCUUCCAAGACCUACCUAUGCACUAUGGCAUCAAACACAUCUUCCCCCUGCUGGUGGCCUGAGAGUUCCUUCACAGAUGCAAGUACACUGAGAGGACCAAGGCUGGUGUCUGGGGAGCCUGGGGGCACUGUCACCAUCCAGUGCCAUUAUGUCCCCACUUCAGUGAAUAGGCACCAAAGAAAAUAUUGGUGCCGCCUGGAGCCUCCAUUGUGGAUCUGCCGCACUAUCGUGUCCACCAACCAUUACACCCACCAUGACUACCACGGCCGUGUGGCUCUCACUGACUUCCCACACAGUGGUCUGUUUGUGGUGAGGCUGUUCCAACUAUCCCUGGGUGAUAUGGGGCCUUACCGAUGUGGCAUCGGAGACAGAAACAACAUGCUGUUCUUCAACAUGAAUCUGACUGUGUUUGCAGGUCCUUCCAGCACCAUCAGUGCAGCCUCUUCAGCUCCUGGUCAGUUCAUCACCGUGUCUUUUGGAAUAACAGCUCCAGCAGCUAACAAAUGGACCUUAGGAACCACUCAGUUUCUAGAAGGCAAAGGGUCAGAGUGGGACAGAAUUGCUCCAACUACAGUAACCAGCAAAAUUAUACCUUCAGUCAAAGGAAGACAAACCCCAAGAACAACCAGAACAACGGUUCUAGAGACAAGCAGCAGAGAGGUGGGCUCAGUCAAGGCAAUAGUCCCCACUGCAGAGAGUCCAGCAUCAGAACCCAGAAGCAUACCCACAACAUUAGAAAGUGUUUGGAUAUGGGGCACCAGAAGCUCAGUAACAAUUAGAGCUUCCAAGAGCGAAGGUGGGAGGACAAAGACAACUUCAGAGACUAAGAGGCCACAGGAGGAAACAGAGGUCACAAUAUCUACAGAUACAGUCAGGAAGACCACAGGAACCACUAGACCAUCAGCUCUCAUCUCAGAGCAUGUGGCCUGGGAAACCCUCCCAGAAGGAACAGUGGUUUCUAAGCAACAAGCCCUUUACUCCACAGAGGAAUCUUCCCUGACUCCAGGUGCUUGGGCCUUGAACACUACACAUGUAGAAGUGGCAUCUGUAGAAGGAAGCAUCACUGGGAGCCUAGGAAGUACUCCUGAAGAAAACGGCCCCCCAGCAAAGCCAAGCCAGCUGCCGGCAUCAGGCCCUAAAUGGUCCCCUGGCAAUGGGUCGUCCAUGAAGAGUGUUUUUCCAGAAAAAGAAAGCAACUCUUGGAUCCUGACUCCAGUCUUCACUGUGCUAGCCCUGGUUCUGUUUGUGGCUCUGUUCCUAUUGCAAAGGAGAAUCUGGAAAAAGAGGACCUCUCUGAAGACAGAAAUGGCACCAAGGGUCACACUAAUUCGGAUGACAUAUUUCCUGGAACCAACUGUGCUAGCAGACCAGCUCCCUGAUGUGGGAAAGAAUCUUCCUCCGACCCAAGCCAUCUUGACUGUUCUGGAAGACCCAGGACCCUAA